AUGAACGGAACAAGAAUCGAAACAUGCCCCAUGGGCCACCACCGGAUCAAAAACAUCCAUAAUGGUCAAGUCCCCAGCGGCACCGUCAAAGCCAGCGGACAAGACAAGAAAGCACCCGGGACAUAUAUCAAAUGGGACGCUCCAGGCGUCGAGACCAUCCAGCCUGGCGAGAAGGAAAAGAUCCAAGAGGUGUCUGACCAGUUCAAUCGUUUCCAAAUGAUGAAUUUCAACGAGCAUAUGCACUGUCUCCGCGGCACGCAUCUCAAGACCCAAGGCUGCGUAAUGGGAAAAUUCAUCGUCCACGACAACCUCCCCCCUUAUCUCGCCCAAGGCAUGUUCGCUAAACCGGGCUCCUACGACGUAAUCAUGCGCUACUCGUCGCUCACGCCUAAGAUCGUGCCCGACAACGCGCCCGCGCCGCGCGGCAUCGGGAUGAAGGUCUUUGGCAUCGAGGGCGAGAAGAUCUGGGGCGAGGACAAGAAGACGCAGGAUUGGACGUUUAACAACUACCCCGUCCUGGAGCUCCGCGAUCCCCAGACGACGUAUGAGAUUGCGGAUUCGCUUGAGCGCAAUUGGAAUGAUUUGCCCACGUUUGCGGAGGAGCAGAGUAAGAGGGUGGAUGCGGAUGUGGCGACCUUGGGCGGGCAAUUGCCUAGGCAGCAUAUGGCCGCGAUGCCCGAAUACUCGCAAUCCGCCUACCGCCACGGCCCCUACGUCGCCAAAUACGGCGUCUUCCCGCUCAGCCAGGCACAGAAAGAUCUUGUAGACACCGACUACACCGACAACGACCCCAUCAACGUCAUCUCGCAGUCGCUGCGCCAGUUCCACAUGACUAACAAAGCCACAUACUCCUUCUGCGCGCAGAUGCUGCAGGACCUCGACGAGCAGCCCGUCGACGACAUCGGCAUCGAGUGGGACCCCAAGAAAUACCCCUUCGAGCAGAUUGCUACCCUCGAGUUUGAGCCGCAGGAUAGCUGGCUGCCCGAGUUCCGCACCUGGUGGGACGAUCGGAUUACGGUGAAUAGCUGGCAUGGGCUGAGGGAGCAUCAGCCGCUGGGCAGCACGAAUCGCAUGCGCAGGGUGGUGUAUGCCGAGUCGCGGAAAUUGAGGCUGAGGGUUAAUGGGUAUAGGGAUUAUGUGGAGCCGGCGGGGCUGGGCGAGGUGCCUGUUCCUGUGCCCGCGCCGCAGUUGAAGAUGAAGUACAUGGAUGCGGUUCAGACUGUUGAAGUGAAGUAG